CAACUAGGUAGUUCGAAGUCAGAGACAUAAUAAAAUUGUACACGCACAUCAAAAGUCCAUUGGCUCAUACGGCUCAGAGACCCUUCAUUAACUACAGAGAUUGAGACUGAGAUUGAGCCAAGAAAGAAUAAGGAUGAUACAGAUAUCAGGGAAUUGAUAUAUUACAUCAGGGAUUGAGAUGGCAAGAUUUCAUUUUGAUGUUUCAAAAGCCACCAUGGACCUUGUCAUUUUGGUAGCCAUGUUGGUCCUCUGCUUCUGCAUAUCCACGGUCAAAGUUGAAGCACAAUCUCUGCGUCUUGCUUCUGCAGAAGUGGAAGCACUAAAAGAAAUAGCAACACAAGUGGGAAAAAAAGACUGGAACUUCAGCAUAGAUCCAUGCAGCAAUGAUACAAAUUGGGCUACCCCAAAAUCUGCUGACUUGCCUUUAUACAACAACACUCUCAUAUGCAACUGCUCCUACCCUGAUGGUUUCUGCCAUGUUGUCAGCAUUUUUCUUAAAGGGCAAGAUCUUGCUGGUGUAGUUCCACCAUCUGCUGCAAAGUUACCCUACCUAACAAGAGUGUCCAUUACUGUGAACAAUUUAUCAGGACCAAUCCCUGGCUACUUGGGAAACAUAAGCACUAUAAUAUAUAUGUAUGCUCUGGCUCUAUCUGAUCUCUUUGCCACCUCAUAUUAUUUGUGAAAAUCAAUUUUAGGGUUAAUUACAGUUUAAUACCCUGUACUUACAACGUUAAGGCAUGUUAGUACCUGGCUUUUCAAUUUUUAGAAUCGCAUACUCUAAGCUUGUAAAUUUGUUACAAUCCGAUUCCACUGUUAGGGUUUUCAUCAGAUCUGUCUGGUACUUUAGAUUUAUA